AUGCGGCUCGACGUCAUCAUCGCCGCUUCUCUCUCAGCCGCUCUCACCUUCUUCCUCUCCCGUCGCCUCGCUACGUCCAAACCUGACUCAAAACCAUCAGAAGACGUCAACGCCUCCGUCGACGAUGACGGAAUCGGGAAAACGUCGCCAGCCGAGCCCAUCGCCUCUUUCUCGUCACCCGAUCCCGUCGCCGUGAAAUCUCUGCCACGUGUACGGUCGGAGAUGGAGGUGGAGGACGAGCAGGACUAUCAGUUUCUGACGGUCGCGGCGGAGGAGGCGGAGACGGGCGCGCUGGAGAAGGACGGCGGGCCGUUCGGCGCGGUGAUCGUGCGCAACGGGGAGAUCGUGGCGCGCGCGCACAACGAGGUGCUGAAACACAAGGACCCCACGUGUCACGCCGAGAUCAUCGCCAUUCAGAAGGCGUGCAAGGCGCUGGGGAAGAUAGAGCUGGCGGACUGUGUCAUCUACUCCUCCUGCGAGCCCUGCCCCAUGUCCUUCGCCGCCAUGUACCUCGCCCGCCUCCCGCGGCUGGUGUACGGGGCACAGGCGGAGGCGGCGCACGAUUUGGGGUACGACCCAUCGCACGUGGCGGACGCCAUUCGAGGCACGGCCACAUUUCAGAAGAGCAGCUGCCGUGUCAAGCGCAUCGUGCACCCCGAGGUGGCACGCGUUUUCUGGAAGCACCGCAGCACCGUGCAGAUCUACUAG